AUGAGAACACUGGAGUAUUACUCACAAGAAGUAGAACACUCGAAAGAGGGCUUGAAAUACUUAAAUGAUAAACUUGUCGAAGCAAACUCAACAAAGACAGAUCUUCAAUUAAAACUUGAUGAACUUCAGGUAUCAGAAAUCUUUAUUAAGUAUCGUAAAAAAUGCUUGGAACAAGAGAAAGAAUUGCUGAUGAAUCGGAACAGUUGGUUGAACACAGAAUUAACAACCAGAACCAAUGAACUUCUUGAACUGCGAUCCAAUCUGAAGGAAAUGAAGGAUGAAGUGCACAGUAUGGAAGGGCAAAUCCAGGCUUCGAAAGCAGAAAAGGAAAAUCCUAAGAAACAGAUUGAGAGUCUAAGCAGUAAAUUGCAGGAGAUUAAGGAGCAGCCAGCAACCAUGGAAGCAAGUUCUCAGGAACUGAAGGAACACAAUGCCCAGGAACGGGAAAAAGCCCUGGAGUCCAAACAAUGCAGGCAAGUUGUCGAUAAAGAGAAACUCAACUCUAAGGAGUGCAAAAAGCAAAUCAGGAUCCUGGGGCAGACACUGGGUGUCGAUCAGUUUAUAUCUGUGCCACGUGAAAGCAGUUCAGCAUUUUAUUACUUUUCCUCGGAGCUGAAAAAUGUUUUCCAUGAUGAGGUCUCUGGUUAUGAGGGGGUUCCCUAUGAAGAAGCAUUAUGCAGGUGGAACGCUGUGUCAUUCUGCAAUCUUUCGUCGCUCCGACAGCAGAUACUGUUCAAACAUACCUGCACCUGCAGACAAUUCAGCUGUCACAUACAAAGCUUUACAGGCAAUGCCAGGGCGCAGUGCUUGGAACACAAUCUACUGGCUCUUCAUAAAGGGAUAUUUCCACAGAAUUCAUCUGUUCCAGGUAAACGGGAAAGGAAUAUCCACCUGGGGCAGACUAAGGGGGAAAUUGGAGGCUCACCUGGUGCGAAUGAAGGGAUCAGGGACUCACCUGGGGCAGGUAAAGAGAUAAUGGAACAUGAUAAAUUUGGGCCAUUGUGGAGAACGGGACUGAUGGUGAAUGUGGCAGACAGCAACUUAAUAGAACAGGUUUUACGCCAGGAAGGAAAGUAUCCGAUGAGGGCAGCUGAGAGCAUUUGGAAAGAACAUCGCAUAAUACGCGGACUGGCAAACGGACUCAUUACUGCGGAGGGAGACGAAUGGUACAGACUGCGAACCUUGUUAAACAAAAGAAUGCUGAAGCCGCAAGAUGCUGCACUGUACCAGGGUGUCAUCAACCAGGUGGCCUCAGAUCUCAUAGACCGAAUCCGGUGCCUCCGCUCAGCGAGUGGAUCUGGGAUCAUGGUGCACGACAUCACCACAGAACUGCAGAAGUACACCUUCGAAACAAUCGCUGCCAUCUUGUUCGAGGUCCGACUGGGCUGUCUACAGCAGAAGAUUCCAGAAGAAACGCAGAAAUUCAUUGAGUCUGUCACCACCAUGUUCCGUAUGCUAGUCUACUGUGGCCUGUUACCGAGUUGGACACGGAGCUGGCUGCCAUUCUGGAGGAAGUUCAUGCUGGCUUGGGACAACAUGUUCGACUUUGCCAUAAAGGCCGUGGACAAGAAGUUGGCCCAGAUUAAAGAUCUCCUAAACACAGGGCAGUCGGUGGAGGGGCUGUAUCUGACCCACCUACUGGCCAGUGGAAAGAUGACCCAGUCAGAGAUGUACAGCAGCAUCACUGAGCUCUUGUUGGGUGGAGUGGAUACGACUGCAAACACCUUGUCCUGGGCCCUGUACUCCCUGGCCAAAGACCCAGAACUUCAAGACUCUGUCUUCAGGGAGAUAUGCAGCGUCAGUCCCGCAGAAGAGAUACCAACAGCCCAGGAACUCAGCAAAAUGCCUCUGCUAAAGGCAAUCAUCAAAGAGACAUUGAGGAUGUACCCAGUUAUUCCCAGUGGUUUCCGUACAUUGGACAGGGACAUUGUGUUGGGCGAUUACAAUAUUCCACAAGGGACACAGCUGGUCUUGUGCCAUUACGCCAUGUCCCACAAUGAACAGGAAUUCCCCAAUCCUCACAUGUUUCAACCACAUCGCUGGAUCAGAGGAGCAGAAAGACUAAAACAUCAUCCGUUCAGCUCAGUGCCGUUUGGAUAUGGUGUGCGGGGCUGUCCAGGGAGAAGGAUUGCAGAGUUGGAGGUGCAACUGACGCUAGCCAGAUUGCUGAAAGAGUUCCAACUAAGGCUGGAUCCUGGAACCAAGGAAAUUCCAGCAAGGAGCAGGAUUGUUCUCAUUCCUGAGAAACCCAUAAACCUGCAGCUUCUGGACCGGAAGUGA